CUCCUCUCCUCCCCUCACCGGCAUUAUAAAUAGCAGUCAGGGCCUCCAACCUUUGAGGCAAAACAAUUCAAUUUCCUCUGAAAUAACUUUCCAUUGUUCUCUCUUUCUCGCCCCCUAAAAAAAUGUCUGGCUGUGGAGGGAACUGUAACUGCGGCUCUGACUGCAAGUGCGACAGCAGCUCCAAAUGUGGGAUGUACCCUGACAUAGAGAACACCACCACUACAACCAUCAUCGCUAGCAUUGCACCACCAAUGAACAUGUACUUGUGGAUUUCUUGUUGGUACUCUGGGGGAUCGGAGAAGAGCUUUGGAGCAGAAGGAGGGCAUGGUUGCAAGUGCGGAUCAAACUGCAAGUGUGACCCUUGUACCUGUUAAAAUGAACAAAAAUGGAUCUCAAGCAAAGCAGCGAUAUAGCUUGACAUGAAUGAAAAA